CUCCAGACGUGCCUGUAGUCACAGGGCUUAUAUUAAUACGUUGCAUACCCACCCACUCUCACACAUUAAUAGAGCCUGCAGCCUGGAACUUCUACAGUCUUCAGUCAGAACUGUAUUGGUGUUAGCUGCGGAGAAGCAAUCCCUCUCUGUUCUCAGGGGACAGUCAAGACAAAUACAAAUACAAGAAAAGGCGCUCACCGAGGAAAGAAAAAAAUGACAUUACUUUGAUUCUGUCAGUAUCAUUUCUAUUCUUAUUGACCGAGUUUGUUCGACUGAAUAAAAAUUGCAUAGGCUACGGCACAAGUCUCUUAUAUUUUUUGCAAAGCAAAUACAAGAAGAAAUGGAAAGGAUUACAGCAGCACAGCCACCACCUUCCUGCACUGGGAAGCUAUCGUCGCUGGAGAACACAGACCUGCAAGGAAUAGACUUUUCUCAUAUGUAUGUUUACAAACCAAGAAGAGGGAUCAAACGGGGUGAAGACAGCAAGGAAACGUACAAAUUGCCGCACAGACUAAUAGAGAAGAAAAGACGCGAUAGGAUUAACGAGUGCAUUGCCCAACUGAAGGAUUUGUUGCCAGAACACCUAAAACUUACAACUUUGGGUCAUUUGGAAAAGGCAGUGGUUCUGGAACUGACUUUGAAACACGUGAAAACCCUAACAAGUCUUAUCGAACAACAGCAGCAGAAAAUCAUUGCGCUGCAGAACAGCUUACACGCUGGGGAGCAGUCAGUUGAAAGCCAUGAUGACAGUGAGGGGAUGUUCCGUUCAGGGUUCCACAUGUGUGCCAAAGAGGUGCUGGAGUACCUGUCAAAGCAGGAGAACAGCAGGGAGCUCACCCCUUCAAACGUGAUGAACCACCUCCAGAAGGUGGCAUCCGAGGUCCUGCAAGACUCUCCCAGUGUCCGAACAGAAGAGCAGAUCCUCAAAGCACUCGUCCUGAAAGACGAGCCCAGCACCUCCUCGCAACCUCGGAGCUUCGAGGGGCGUGGCAAAAACUGCGUGCCGGUCAUCCAGAGAACAUACACCCAGGCGGGUGGGGAGCUAAGUGGGAGUGACACGGACACGGACAGUGGGUACGGAGGAGAGCUGGAGAAAAAUUACUCUGCAGCCAACCGGCAGUCCUACAGCAAAGAAAAUGAACUAAAAUACACGAUGACUGACAGGGUGAACUGCAUCAAACAGGAAAACGAAGAGCCACCUACAAAAAGGAUGAGGACAGAAUCGUCCGAAGAUGAGUCUCUGUCAGGCGGGGAGCUGAUGGGGAUGCACAGCAGCUUCUUAGGUUUCUCCCCUCACCAGACUCCUAUGUGCAUGCCAUUUUAUUUUAUCCCACCAUCAGCGGCAGCCUAUUUGCCAAUGCUGGAGAAAUGCUGGUACCCUGCCUCAAUGCCGGUCUUAUACCCCGGUCUUCCAGACUCGGUAUCCCCUCUUACAGGGGUUCUGAAUCCAGAUAAGCACCCAUCUUCUCUCCUAAUGUCUCCCAGGGUAGGCUCGCCUGUAGCAGCCCAAACCCCUAUGGACUCCCCUGCUUUACUACAAGCUUUAAAGCAAGUCUUUCCUUUGAACCUGGAAACCAAAGACUGAGAAUUUAAAUAUGCUAUGAAUCUGGUUGAAAGUUGGUUAACAGGGGAGGGGGACUAGAGCUGAACAGGAUCCUUUCAGUCCCAUUUCCUCCCCAUGAAAGGAGACGGCUCUGCAACGGAGCGAAGCGUGCAACAGCAUCUAAAUCGAGCAAGAGCACAAUGCUGAAAGGGUAAUGAGGGACUGUCCACAAGCGAGUGCCUAUAGGGGCGGCACUAAUCAUACUCUGUCAGUGGUGGCAAACUGAAAAGCACCCCUCUGCUGAAUGUCAAUGUUGAGAAUGUUAAAUGUGGACAGUCUCUCAUUAAAGUAAACUGUCUAAGACCUACCCUUAAUAACCCUUACUGAAUGUAAAAAACAAAAAACAAACAAAAAACCUGUCGGUGCUGCUUGAAGCCUUUACAUGCUGUAAAUCUUUGGAUCAGACACUUGUAUCCUUUUCUUAGCAAUAGCUGCCAAAAUGCAUCUGGACCGUCUGUAGACCAAAUAUUAGUUGUGGUAUUGCAACUGACAAUGGCUGCUGUGUUCUCAAAAUUAAAAGGGCCAGAACAGUGAUUAAGAAAAAAAUGUGAAAAGGUAUGCUAACCCUAUCCUUAUGAAACUUCCCCCAAGGAUUACAGCUAUGCGGGGAUAAAUAGCAAGCAUAUUUAUUCUCUAGCUUAGUUGUGCCGUGCCCUCACGAGCGUAUGCGGCAUGCUUACGCACAUUUGAGUUCAGAUUUCAUUGCUCCUGCUUGUUGAUUGCUCCCUGUAAUAUACAGGCCUAUUGAUUUUCAGAGCAAUCUCUUGUAAUGAAUUCUCUCAUGCUGCCUGUACAGCUGUAUUUUUUUAUGUGUCCUGCACACAUUGUAAGAAGGAUUUUUGUCACAGAUACAUGUAUAGCACUGUGCUAGCCCUGAAAUGCAUCAUGCUUAAUAUCUCUUCUGCUCUUUGUACAUGAUGUUGCCUUUUAUUUGUAAAAACUGGUGAAACAACAUCAGAUGUUUAUUAUUAUUAUAUUAUUAUUUU